AGGAGACGCACAGUUUGCCUCCACAGUGCUGCAAGGACAAGCGGCGCAGACGGCGGAGUGAGCGACUUUCAGACACGGGCUCUUCACGGCUGCUCUCGUGCGAAGCUGCCCUUAAGCUGCAGGGCUCUGGCGGGACGGCCGUCACGGACCCGGGGCCGAGGAGGACGGGGAGGCAUCACCGCGGCGCCGAAAUAACUGAGAGACAUACUGUGACUGAGAGGAGGAGAAGGACAGGCAGCCACGUCACACUCCUUCGCGAAAAAGGGACCCACUUUGACAGCUCGCCGUCCUACUGGACUCCUCCGCCUCCUCGCAUGUUCCUGUGCCCUGUAGCGUCCUCUGUAUACGGCUGUGGGGCUUCUGUGUAUGUCAGUGUGUGUUGCUGUCCUGUAGCCUAGGUUACUAUACCUCACUGUCCUGUCCGGGAGUGUAUUAUGGGACUGGGUGCUGUGUUGUAGAGCAGUAUAGUGCUGCUCUGUGGUGAGACGGAUCCUGCCCUGUUGUAGCGCGUUCCACCUGACUGAGCCGUGUCACACGGCGCGCCGCCGGUGUCCAGUCACAUGAUGCAGACGGAGAGGAGUGUGCUCUAUCCUGUUGUGCACUGCUAGCUGACCUCUGUCUGCGCGCCUGACGGCUUGCUGAGCUCACAGCCGCCCUACGCCCCAGCCCCCCUGGUGCUUCCGUGCCGCCACUCGGGGCAACGUCCUCUCACCCCUCUGCCCCGAGACGGACCGCACGCCCGCUGAGCCGUCAUGAGCGAGCCCAAGAAGGGUGAGUUGGAGAUGCGGGACAAGGCAAUCCUGCACCAGCAGCGGCGUCUCAAGCAGGCCACCCAGUUCACCCACAAGGACUCCGCUGACCUGCUGCCCCUCGAUGGCCUCAAAAGACUCGGCACGUCCAAGGACCUGCAACCACACUGCAUAGUGCAGCGGCGCCUCCUGGAGGGCAACAUACCGCGUCUGCGCGGUGAAGCCCGGGACACCUCUGCACGGGUGCGCUCCCCGCUAGCGGACAGCAAGGAAGGGGCGGAGCCAGAGGAGAAGAGCGAGAGCACGGCGGAUGACUCGACGGAAGAGAGGGAAUCCCCUGAGGAGAGUGAAAGGAGCCUGAGGUCCGAGGAGGAGGAAGAAGAAGAGGAAGAGGAGGAGGCCGGCAAGGCUUUGAGCAAAUCUGAUGGGCGGUGGCAGAGCGAGAAGGCAGCAAAUAAGAAAUCAGAUGCCGGCCGGAGAGACGAGAGCCUGAGAAUGGAGGAGAGGAAGACAGCAACGACUCUCACUGCUUUGGUGGUCCAGUGCAAGUGUUGUGACAAGGAGGUGAAGGCCUCCAUAAAUACCAGCUGCCAGGUCAACCGCAUCUCCUACACCUGCUGCCGAAGACUCGGGCUGAUGCCCACUCCAGAGGGUCAAAAGGAACACAGCUGCCCUGUGACCACACUGCCCCCUACAGUGAAGGACCUCCAUCUGCAGCUAGGCAAAGGGAGGGUGCGGUGCUCUGCGCAUGUUGUUGAGGAAGACGUGUUUGAUCUGUGCCUGGGUCUCCAGACUCUGCUGGAACUGAAAUGUUGUGUGGAUCUCCACGGCAGAGUUCUGCGGAUCCAUGGCUCUGGAGAGGAACUACCAUUCCUGGAGACCUACAUGGAAAGCCUGUGCCAUCCUGACAACAACAAGAACCCAACCAUGUGACCUUUUCCAUGCCCCCUAGAUCUGGAGCGUUUGGUCUCUCCCUCCAUAUGGUCCUCACCUUGCUGGCCCGCUGUUGGCCUCUAGGAUGGGGUCCUUAUCUUCAAUAUUCAUCUAAACCUGAGGUUUCCAAACAUCCCCUUGAGGACUUCCAGCCAUUCCAUAUAAUUCCACCACUAGAUAAUGUGAUUUAAUUAAUCAACUAGCCUAAUCAAACCCAUAAUUAGCAGAUACAGGAUGGCUAAUGGUGCCCAAGAAGAGGUUUGGGAACCCUUGAUGUUUUAGUAGGAUCAUACCAUUUCUACUCUUCUGCAAUUUCUGUGUUCUAAAUUGUAUUCAUGGACAGAACCAAUGAAGCACAGGCAGGGGGUGUUGUACUAGCUGUUGAAUCAUUGUUGGCAUGUAGUACAAGAAGCUAAUUUCCCCGUAUUUUGCCGAAACCGUUUUGAAUCUGUACAUUUACAUUAGAGACAAAGUGGAGACUCCAAGCUGUUGCAUCCUCUUAGCUUACCACCUUGCUGAAUGAUCUUCAGUCCAGUGAAACACCUUCCAUACUGUGAGUCCCCUCACCCCAAGGUCUCAUAUACAAGAAGUCCACUAAAAGCUGAUUUUCAGUACAUAAUUGUUUCCAGAGUUCUAAAAAAAACUAUUUGUGUCUGUCAAAUGGAAAAGUAGAGCACUGAAAUAUUUUUAGAGUUAUCGCCAUAGUGACAUUUAUUGAUUAUGCCCCCUGUGGACAGUAGAUGUUCCCGAUUUUUUGAACACUGUUUUCUAGUUGUUAGCCUUUGUAUCAAUGCGUGUGCGAAAAGAAGGAGCUGUAUUGUUUCACUGACAUUAACGUUGCACAUGGGAAAGAGGUAAUACCCACAAUUCCCCUUCCACAUGCCAACCAGAGAAGGCUGCUGAGACAAGGGCCAGCUCGCUUGCCUUUGCUCUUUCCAGGGGGCUAAACCUCCAGGAUGGUGCUUGAAACACUUUUUUGUCGGAGAAAAAUAAUCUACGUCUAUGCUUCUCUUAUUCUUCUUUGGAUUAAAGUAGUUACUACUGACUAUAAAAGCUAACUGAUUUCUUACUCAAUGUUUCAAUUCAGAAUUGACUUUCACUCAUCUCUGCUAUUGCCCUACCAGAGAAGAGCCACCAAAUCCUUAAUCCUCACCCAAAGUGUCUGAUACUAUUCCCAGAUGAUUUGCUGACUGUAUGGAUAAUUGAUGAGCGCUUAAGAGUUCUCUCAACCAGACUUAUGAGCCCUUGUGCUAUAUCUGUUGGUCUGUUUAUUUCCGUGGUUUUCCACUGACACGUAACAGCUCUUUAUUUGCCUCUGACGUUCUGUAGCAGUGAUGCAACGUGUGAGACGAAGAACUUAUGGGACGAGAUGUGCUGUUUGUGUUUGUUUUUUCCGAGCAGUAUUUUAUCAGCCUAAUAAAGAUAUGUAUUCUGGCUACAAA